AUGGAUAGAACUGGAAUUCGUGGUGUUAUCCAAUUCUUUUUUAUGGAAGGUAAAAUCGGUAAAGAAAUCCAUGAAAGGACAGCGCCUACAUUGAGUGAUUCAUGCCCUUCAUAUGAAACGGUUCAAGACAAGCAGCGGAAAGAGCCUCGAGACCUCAGUGAAAAGAACUCGGCCACUUCCACCGAACAAGGUCAGCUGAAGAGGCGCGCACCCCGCCAGGCGAUGGCGAGACGCUCUGACCAA